AAAAGGCCUUGUACGUUUGAUAAAGGAAACAAAUCAAGAAUUUUUCAGCAUCCGAGUACUUCAUGCAAUUAUUUAAUUACUUAAAGUAUACUGGUUUUCAGAUUGAGUCUUUGAUUUAAUUAUAGUGGAAUUACUCGUUGGUAGUCGCGUGCAGUUUGUGACACGCCCUGUAUUGAUAUCCAUCUGUUUAGCGGGUACAGUUAUUGUUUCGAUUUACCAUUUUUGAUCUGCUUUGUGACAGCCAUCUCUAUGGUAACCAAUCGAAAAAAUUGUACAUUUGUAUUUUUAAUCAAUAGUGAUGUAAAUGGCGUUAUAAAAAGACGACAUAAAAACAUAUCUGGACAUUGUUUAAGUGUGGAACUUCUCGGAAGGGAACAAUGGACACGAAAACUUUUGAAAAUCAGUUCAUGUUUGCAGUAUUGUACACAAGCGUCGGUGUUUUUGGUAUACUCGGGAAUGUAUUAACAUUAAUCACGUUUUGGAAGGAGAGAAGAAAUUCUCUGUUUCAUAUACAGCUUGCUAUAGCUAACAUUAUUACCCUCACAUCAACGUUCAUGUCAGCACCUUCCGCUUUAAAGGGGAGAUGGUUGUUCGGAGACACUCUGUGUCAGUGGUACGGGUUUCAAGUAUUUGUUGGCGGGUUUCUGGGCGUAGCAUUAACAUGUAUUGUCUGCAUGGAAACUUACCUUGCUAUAUUCAACAACAAUAGUAACAAAGGGCAACCAUCAUCAAAUACAGUGUCUGUUUUCGUGUCGAUUAUCGUCUGGGUUAAUGCUCUUAUACUCUCAUUAGCUCCCUUACUCGGCUGGAACGCAUACAAACGCGACGAGCCGGGAACCAGUUGUGGGGCCAGUCUUGAUAAUCAACCAUCCAACAGUCUAAGUUACAUGUUGAUCACUCAUAUAUACUUCAUCAGUUUGGCAACAAUAGGGUUCGUGUGCCUGAUAUUAACAAUGUUGAGAAAACCAGGUGACUCGAAAGUAUAUGAGCCCCUUCUAACGGACACAGAGCUUGUACGGGUUACCUUUUUAUUGUUCACUAUACUAGCUAUCGGUUGCCUUCCAUAUUAUCUGAGGGUUAUCUACUUUCUCCGAGGUUUCCCGCCAUUUUACGACAGUUUCCUCGGAGUGGAAUUCUCCCAUAUAACUAUUAAACUAUCCAGUCUAUUACAAGCAGCCGCCUAUAUGUUUGUUAGUGAAAACUUCCGAAGAGUGGCGCUUUCUGUCAUAACCGGCGUAGAUCCUGUGAAAAAGAACGCAUAACAAUUUGCAUUGGGACAACGAAAUUUCGCGCACAUCGUGCAAAUAACAUCAACUGUUUUGAAAGGUCACGGAGGUUAUAAAUAAAGUGGAAUUCUAGUCAGACAUCACUUUUUUAUAGAAUUUUAUGCCUGACUGGAUACAAGACGAAUUCCUGUAACUCACAUAUAGAAAAAAGUAACUUAAGACAGUAAUGUUUGUUGUAAGCUUGUAAUCAGUGAUAUUUUAACAUUUUGUUUUAGAACUUUGGGAGUACAUUCAAUUUUAAGAAGAUUAAAAUGCAUUUUUAAGAUGCAUCUAUGCAUCUACAGAAUAGUGAAUGUUUUAUCAUCGUUUGUUUGUAUCAUGUUGUGAAAUCUAA